GACAAAUCUGUAACGUCUGUUGUUUUCCAAGAAUGACGGGCACCACACCGAUCAAUUCGUGGAGUAAAGAUUGACAUAGACACUGCUAACAAGCAAGAAAGAACACCACAGAAAGUCUACUGACAGUUCUGCACCAGAUUCACAUGUAAAUUACAAACUCAUAUUUUUAUUCCUUUUCCAUUGAUAAUUAAUCAUCAAUUCAUAACCAGAGAUGAAUCAAUCGGACCCAUGUUUCCUUACCUCCUUGCCGGAUGAUAUUGCCCACAAAAUCGUCUUCUUGCUUCAGGCACCGGACGUGUCUUCUCUAGGUAGUUGCUCUCGCACUUUUCGAGACCUGUGCGGUUUGGAUUCUGUGUGGUUGGGUCUAUGUAGAGAUAGAUGGCCAUCACAGGAAAUCGUCCAAGAUUCUCUCAAGGGAUGGAAGGGAUCUUACAUAAACAAGCACAUGGAGAUGACUGAAAAAGCAAAAAUUGUGGUUAAGUUCGUUGAUCAAUGUUUCUCUAACGAAUCAAUCGAAGUUGGGUAUUAUCUAGCCGCUAUUGAGAACCUGAGGAUGUUCAGGUUUGGAUUCAAAGAUGUGGAGAUAUUGUUUUUCAAACCAGAUAUGAAUGUGAUUCUUAAUUUGGUUGGUUUACAUUAUUGCAUUGGUUGGCUUGGAGUACCUGUUGAGGAUGUGAUUGAAGCGCUUAGGUGCACCAAGAUUCCAGACAGGGAAGUUUGUGUUCGAUGGUGGAAGCUUGGGAGAUGGUUUUAUGGAUUUCGUAUGCAUGAUGAAUCUCGGUUUCGUCAGAUCUCAUUGAAGGAUCUCAUAAAGGGUGGAGAAGAUGAAGUUAUGAGAGUUCUUCACCGUGGUGCUCUUCAUGAAGUCAUGCGUGUACAGAUUUCAGUUACUAAACUCAUUCCAGUUUCAUCUUGGGCAACAUACUAAUAUGAACAACUUAAUAAUAUUGAAUAAAUUGUAAAUUUGUGUGUGUAUGUAUAUUCUCAUUCAGUCAUUCAUUUCUUUCAUUGAACUUGAAAUUGCUUGCGUGUACAGAAAACUUGAAAUGAAACCGUAUUUGUCUUGUAAAUUGAUUGAUUGAUAAUAAUAUACAUGAUGAAUGAUUUGGGUAUA